GCUCCCACCAGUCUAACUCUUCAAAAAGAAAACCUUUGCUGCUCGACUAUUCCUUUUCCGUCAAUGGCCUUCAAGGUUACUGCCUUCAUCCUAUUCUGUUGUCUUCAUCAUAGCAUAGCUGAAUCCAUGGAGGUAGCACGCAGAGAACCCGUUGUCGAUGCGCCACUUAUCUCCUCCUACAACGACCGCAUAAGACCCUUGCUUGACUGCGUAGAUAAACUGCGUCACUUGAAUAUAGCGCAAGAGGGGAUUCAGCUUCCGACGAUCGUGGUCGUCGGAGACCAGUCCUCCGGCAAGUCCAGCGUCCUGGAGUCCCUCGCCAGAAUCAGCCUUCCUAGAGGACAGGGGAUAUGUACCAGUCCCGCUCAUUAUGCGGCUAAAAAAUAUCCCUAAUCUCAGCGAGCCGGAGCUCCAUCUGGACUUCAACGGGAAGGUUGUUCAAACGGAUGAAGUAAAUGUGGCCGAUGAAAUCGUGCUGGCCACAGAUGAAAUUGCCGGGAGGGGUAAAGGGAUUUCUCGGACCCCGUUAACUUUAACAGUGAAGAAACACGGUGUCCCGGAUUUAACAAUGGUGGAUUUGCCGGGAAUCACUAGGGUUCCUGUCCACGGCCAGCCGGAGGACAUCUACGAACAGAUCUCUGGUAUAAUCAUGGAGUAUAUCACUCCAGAAGAGACGAUUAUUCUUAAUGUGCUGUCAGCCGCCGUCGAUUUUACCACUUCUGAGUCGAUUCGCAUGUCCCAGCAAGUGGAUAAAACUGGGGAGAGGACGCUGGCUGUGGUGACGAAAGUGGAUCUGGCACCCGAAGGGCUUCUGGAGAAGGUUACUGCCGAUGACGUAAAAAUCGGUCUAGGUUACGUCUGUGUUCGAAAUCGAAUUGGGAGUGAAACGUAUGAGGAAGCCAGAAUUGAAGAAGCAAAGCUUUUCCAGACUCAUCCCUUGCUGUCAAAGAUUGAGAAGUCCAUUGUUUCUGUUCCAGUGUUGGCCCAGAAGUUGGUGAGAAUCCAGGCUAAUAUAAUCUCCAAAUCAUUGCCUGAAAUUGUUCGGAAGAUCAACUACAAGCUAACUGCAAUUGUGGCUGAUCUGAACAGAUUGCCUCAAAAUCUCAACACAGCACCUCAAGCUGUGACUGCAUUCUUCCGAAUUCUCAGUGAUUAUGGUGAGUCUCUGAGGAAGAUUCUCAUCAGAGGGGAGUUUGAUGAAUACCCGGAUGACAAGGAAAUGCACUGCACUGCCCGACUGGUGGAAAUGUUGAAUGAUUACUCUGGUGAGCUGCAUGCAUAUUAUUUCAACUUUGAACGCAAUGAUUUCUUGAUGGAUGAAAUCAUGGCCUUGAAGGAAGCCAAGGAGAUUGGGCUGCCCGGUUUUCUCCCACAUGGCAUCUUUCUGAGUGUUUUGCAGAAACGGGUGAAGGGUAUUGCUUCAAUGCCGCAGGACUUCGUUGAUAAGUUUUGGGACUACAUUGAAGGAAUUGUUGUUAAAGUUCUAAUGCAUCAUUCAGACAACUACCCUCAGCUUCAGUCCUCCAUGAGACGGGCUGCCCAAAAUGUGAUUGCCAAAAGAAAGGAGAAAUCUUCUGAUUGGGUGAAGGAAAUCAUUGGAAUGGAGAUGCUGACCGAUUAUUCUUGCAACCCCGAGUACACGACAACGUGGAAAAAACUCUUGGAAAAACAACCCGAGUUCCUUGAGAUUUUGAAUGACAACAGCUCCAAGGGUUCAAAGAUCAUGAGCAUAGAUGGGGAGGAGGUUGAGAUCAGGAAUCUUAGACAUCACGGGGAUGUGGUCAAGGAGGCCUUUGAUCUGAGGAUGAGAGUAAUAGCGUAUUGGAAGAUUGUUACGAUGAGGCUGGUCGAUGCGAUAGGGUUGCACAUUCCUUACAGCAUUAAGGAGCUGGUGGAUGAUAUGGAGGAUGAGAUUGUUGCUGAAGUGAUGGCGCCUCAGGGAGGCGGCAUAGAGCGGAUGUUGGAGGAGUCUCCCAUUGUGUCUGAGAAGCGGCAGCGCUUGACUAACAGUCUAAAACUGCUUAAGGAAUCUAAGGAUGUUGUGGCUAAUAUAAUGGGUCGAAUUGUGCUGAAUAAUGAUGCCAAGUAGUAGUUACCUUUGGAAGCUCUGUGUAGCAUUGUCUGUUGUACGUUGGUUUUGGAUGUUCAUUUAGGACUUAGGAUGUUCUAAAUGAUUGAAUGGAAG